AGAGCAAUUUAAGAAACUGGCGCUGUCGCGAAAUUCUGGGAUUUUCUUAGUUAACUAAUUUGUUUUUGACGUCCCGACGUGACGAAAGCGUACUCAUGGAUUUAUUACAAACGACGAAUCUAACGGGAGGGCAGAAGGAGGAACUUAUGGAACAGGUUAAGCAGCAAAUCGCCGUCGCGAACGCCCAAGAGUUGCUCACGAAAAUGACGGAAAAGUGCUUUAAAAAAUGCAUACUCAAGCCGGGAACCUCGUUGGAUAACUCGGAACAGAAAUGUGUAGCAAUGUGUAUGGACCGAUAUAUGGAUGCAUUCAAUCUAGUCUCAAAGGCAUACAGUAAUCGACUACAAAGAGAACGAAAUCGAAUGUAAAUAGAUUUUAAAAAAUGCAAAUAAAUAAAUUGGUUAUACCAAA